AUGAUUAAACAACAUUUAACAGUUAUUAAUUUGUGUUUGAAAAUGAAUGUGAUUAUUAUUAUUUGCGCUCUUCUAGGCUCAGCCUUAGCGGUGCCCAAGAAUCCGAAUCGCAUCGUUGGUGGCUCCCCUACUAACAUCCAGACUUACCCUUACAUGUCAAACAUGCAGUUUCGAUUUUUGGGUAUGUUUUGGUCACAAGCUUGUGGAGGUUCCCUGCUGACCCCCACAGCUGUACUAUCUGCAGCUCACUGCUUUUAUGGCGACCAUGCAUCGCAAUGGCGUGUAAUUCUCGGUAGUUCGCUAUCAAACAAUGGUGGCACUACUCAUGCUAUAAGCCAGCUGGUAUUGCACCCACAAUACGUAGAUGCCGUCUUAGAAAAUGACGUGGCCAUCGUACGUCUUAACAACGCAGCCGUAUACUCAAACAAUGUCCAGCCUGCCCGAAUAGCUGGUGCCAAUUAUAACCUCGCCGAUGGUACUACCGUCACACAUAUUGGAUGGGGCACACUUUGGUCUAACGGUCCAUCAUCUCAGCAACUCAUGCAUGUUGAUGUGAAAAUUAUAAACCAAAAGCUGUGUGCUGAGCGCUAUGCAUAUCUGAAGACCCAACCCGGCUACGGGGGCUGGCCUGACAUAACCGACAACAUGCUGUGUGCCGGUAUCUUGGACGUCGGAGGCAAGGACGCUUGCCAGGGAGACUCUGGCGGUCCCCUUGCUCAUAAUAAGGAUAUCAUCGUUGGUGUAACGUCGUGGGGUUAUGAAUGUGCUCAUUCAUUUUACCCUGGUGUCAAUGCUCGUAUUUCAAGAUACACCAGUUGGAUAGCAGCUACAGUUAACAAGUAA